UGUCAGUAUGCUCUCUUCAAAGGUCAUAGUUUAUGACAAAAACUAAAACUCUUUUGGCUAUAGCUUUAAUUCAAACCUAUAUUAAGAAAGAAAAAACAUUCAAAUAUUUUAUUCAUUACCAAAGUUGGUUAAGCCGCUUCCUGCAUGUCGCAUACUUUCUAUGAAGCAUGUCGCAUAUUUUCAAUGAAGCCUGUUUAACGAGUUCAUCAAUAGUCUCAAACAUAAUUUCAAUUGAUAUCUACUGCUAUUCUUUAAUGAAUUUGCAUGCAGGAACUGAAGGACAGCUCUCGUUUCUGCCACAAUUCUUCAAAGGGAGUUUAUUUUCAAUUUUGCGAUAGCAAGGCGAAAAAAAAAGAAGCGAAGAAGCAAUAAAGAAAAGAACAAACUACAAACUACUAGAUAUUCAUUUGUCCGUUCAAAGCCCUCAUUUGUUUAUUUACUAACGAACUUAGACUGUAUUUACUAUUCAUAUGGAUUCCAAUUCGAAACAGAACACUGAUUUCAGCUAUGAAAAUACAUUAGAUAGAAGAGCUCAAUGUCAUAAUUCAUCUUUGAUGAUUCCCUUUCUCAUAUCUAGAAAGCAAAGGUCUGUGUAAUGUUCAGUCAUAUGCACGUUGCAAUAGUGCAUUUGUGUCACACAAUUGAGCUGAGAAAAGGUAAAAUAAAAGCCUGCCUUUCUCAUAUUCAAACCCACAUGCUAUUUCCUUUUACUAUUAAGGUCUUUUUGCUGCAAACGCAUUUUCAAUUUAAAACCGUCUAUAAUAUGAUAUUACUAGAAUCUAAAGUACUAUUAUAUAGUUUGUCAAUAUAUAAUAUUACUGUUUUGGGCCCAAAAUCCAGUUGUCGUCGUCUUCUCUACACAGUUUUAGACUAAUUUACAAUUUACAAUCAUGUCAGCAUCCUUAGAAGAAAUUGCCCGUCAUCCUGCAAACAAGACAUGCUUUGAUUGCGGUUCUCCAAACCCUCAAUGGGCUUCUUGCAACCUUGGUAUCUUUAUAUGUUUGGAAUGUAGUGGACAGCACCGUGGUUUGGGUGUGGAGAAGAGUUUUGUACGCAGUGUCACAAUGGAUAAUUGGAAUGAAAGACAAGUUACAAUGAUGGAAAAGGGCGGAAAUGAUCGUGCUCGUGCAUUUCUUAUGGCUGACCCUGAGUUUUUUUCGAAAACUAUUCGCGAUAAGUAUAACACUGAUAUUGCUGAAGAUUAUCGAGAAAAACUACUUGCAGACGUUGAAGGCCGGGAAUGGAUAAAACAAGAGCGACCUAAAAAGCAAGAAGCUGAGUCGAGCGCAGUUCCUAUUCCAAGUAAGGAAGAUAAUGAAUCUUAUUUCAACCGAUUAGGCUCUAUCAAUGCCCAACGUUCUGCUGACUUACCUCCUUCUCAGGGAGGUCGAUACGCUGGAUUUGGUAGUACUAACUCAGUAUCUCCUACGUAUUCUGGUCAUGGAGACAGUGGUCCUUCCUUCAUGGAGGAGCUUUCAAGAGAUCCUCUUUCUGCCUUUAAUCACGGGUGGAGCAUGUUUUCAAAAUCUGUUUCACAACAAGUGAAGGACAUUAAUAAAACAUACGUCCAAUCUACCUUUGCAAAGGCUCCUGAAAUUCGAAAAGAAUAUGUUGGUUUCGCUAAGUCGUUAUCUUCCUCCGUUCAAUCGACCGCUCAAUCGACCGCUCGUCAGACCUACCAACAGGUCCGAUCCAUGAUUGAUGAAAAUAUACAUGCAACAGAUGCCUCUUCUCAACAGCCUGCUUCUGAGCAUCAUACCUCUAUGGAUGCUACCGAUUCUUUAAUGCAUAACGAUGAUCAUAGCGAUAAUCCACCCCCUUAUUCUUCUGUCGUCAAAUCAGAAGAAACCGAACGUAAGCGGGAUUAAGAAGUAAUGCAAACUCGGGAUUUCUCUUUCGGCUUUUUUAAUGGAUAUGUUGAUGAUAGAAACCAUUAGGCAAGCUAUUGCCCAUGAGAAAUGCAAACAUACCAUACUUUUUUUAUCGUACAUACGUAGAAUCAAGACUCAUUGAUUUUUUUACUCUUUAAUUUUAGAAAUAGACAUUACUAUUAAAUUAUUCAUUGUAAACAUAUUCCGUUUACUUUUCUAACUCU